CACUUCCCAAAUCAUAACCGGGAAAAAAAAAAAAAAAACCGAAAUCCAGAAAACGCAACCGAGAAAAUUCGAAAAUCCGAAAACAAAGAAGAAGGCGAUUGCAGCGGCGGCAAUGGGGGUGGACUACUACAACAUACUGAAAGUCAAUCGGAACGCGAGCGAGGAUGACCUGAAGAAGGCGUAUAAGAGGUUGGCCAUGAUUUGGCACCCGGAUAAGAACCCCGCCGGAAAGAGGCCGGAGGCGGAGGCCAAGUUCAAGCAAAUCUCCGAGGCCUUCGACGUCCUCAGUGACCCCGCCAAGCGCCAGAUCUACGACCUUUACGGCGAGGAGGCCUUGAAAUCGGGGCAAUUUCCGCCUCCCUCUUCUUCAUCCUCUGCCCGCUCCUCCUCCGCCGCGGGCCACCACUACUACGCCAACCACAACAACCACCACCAGCGCCACGCGCACCCGAAUACGACGUCGUUCAGGUUCAAUCCCAGGGAUGCCGAGGACAUUUACGCCGAGAUUUUUGGAUCCGACGGCGGAGGUGGUGGGGGCGGUGGCGGAGGGAGGUAUAGAGACGGGUUCUUUAGGACGCCCAACGGGGGUGGGCCAGAGUUUGUGGGUACCAGUAGCGGUGGCGGGGCUGCCCCUCAUAGGAAGGCCAAUGCGGUCGAGAAUUUGUUGCCGUGCAGCUUGGAGGAGCUCUAUAAGGGUGUCAAGAAGAAGAUGAAGAUUUCCAGAAACAUCUACGACGCCGUUGGUGCUGGUAAGGUUCGGACUGUGGAGGAGAUUUUGACUAUUGAGAUCAGACCAGGUUGGAAGAAGGGCACAAAGAUCACCUUCCCUGAGAAGGGUAACCAAGAGCUAGGAGUGAUUCCGGCAGAUCUAAUUUUUGUGGUAGACGAGAAACCACAUGCACUUUACAAGAGGGACGGUAAUGAUCUGGUGGUCAACCAGGAGAUAACACUGCUGGAGGCACUCACCGGCAAGACUCUUGACCUACCCACGCUGGACGGAAGGAAUCUCGUGAUCCCGUUAACUGAUAUCAUCAAACCUGGAGCUGAGAUGGUGGUACCGAAUGAGGGAAUGCCGAUCUCAAAAGAACCUGGAAAAAAGGGAAAUUUGAGAAUCAAGUUUGAUGUCAAGUAUCCUUCAAGGCUUACCACGGAACAGAAAUCCGAUCUGAAAAGAGUUCUGGGAGGAGUUUCAUUAUGACUGCUAACUAUGGAUCUCACGGUUGACGAUAAUGUAAAUACAAUACGUUACGUGUACGCUACGAAGAUUGUGAAUACUAGAAGCUUUUCUGGUGGUGAGAAGGGAAGAGCUACGGACACGGUUUUGGCAAGGGCUGCUGCAAUCUGCAUUUGGACGCUUCGUGUGGCACAAGGGAGUUGAUGAAUGUCAUUUUUUGGUUCAUUUCUUUUUUUUCCUUUUUUUCUUUUGCAUUCUAUAUACCUAGAAAAUGUCUUUGGAUUUUGAAUAGAUAGUAAAGUGUGUUGAUCACUUCUCCAAAUUGAAUGGCUAAAACUUAAAUUUGAUGUAUUGGGCGAUUCAAUUCGAGGGGUUUUUAGCAUUUUCAGCCAUUAAUUUGAGUUGUACUCAAUUUCGAAAC